CAGCAGACUCCUUCACCAAGUACCUUACUCCAUGACCAGUUGCCUCCUAUCCUGGGGCAAGCUUUCCAGGAGUGUUCUGCGACCAUGUCUGACAACGAAGGCCCCCGCCGCGACCACGCCUCGUCGAAUGGCGACCGAGGCGACAAGAAGCGCAAAUGGGCAGAUCGCGAUCGCAGAAAUGCCGCGCGAGGAGGUGGUGGACGCCAACAGCAUGGAAGCCGUCCGAAUAAGAAGAGAAAUAUGGGGCGUAAGGAGCAUAAUUCUUCCCAAUUAGAUCGACGGGAUCGCAAUGCCGAACAGCAAGCCAAAUAUAAAGAGCAGGACGAGAAUGGCGAAAAUGAGCGACCUGCUCUACCCGCGGCUUUUCCUGCUGAAGAGGUCGAGGCCGAGGAGCGCAGGCCGAAGCGCAAAGUCGCAGUCAUGAUUGGUUAUUCAGGCACUGGCUACAAGGGCAUGCAGAUCGACAACAAGCAGAAGACGAUUGAAGGCGAUCUGUUCAACGCUUUCGUUGCGGCCGGCGCAAUCUCCAAGGCGAACGCAUCUGACCCGAAGAAGUCGUCCCUUGUGCGUUGCGCUCGUACUGACAAGGGUGUGCACGCUGCCGGCAACGUUGUAUCGCUGAAAUUGAUCAUCGAGGAUGAUGACAUCCUCGAAAAGAUCAAUAGCCAUUUGCCCGACCAGAUCAGGGUCUGGGGUAUCCAGCGAACGAUCGGCUCCUUCAGCUGCUACCAGGCGUGCGACUCGAGAUGGUAUGAAUACCUUAUUCCAACACACUCGUUCCUCCCACCACACCCUUCGAGUUACCUGGGCAAGAAGCUGGAAGAAUAUGCAGAGAAAGAGAACGACCUAGAGGGGUACCGUAAGAGGCAAGCCGAGGUCGCAGACUUUUGGCCUGAAGUCGAGGAGAAGCACAUUAAACCUAUCUUGGAGUCUCUGGAUGAUUCAAUACGGCCACUCGUUCUGGAAGCACUUUACAACGUUGACGCUGUAGAUGCAGAGCCAGAUGAGGUUAAGCAAGCCAUCGACACGAUAGAGCAGAAGGAACCCAACGUCACUCUCGAUAACUCCACCGACGGCACGCGCCCUCUGCCCGAAGGCGUCGUGAAUCAGCCUGUCCUUGAAGAAGCCAUCAAGACGCUCAAAAAGGCCUACAUUGACAUCAAGAAGGCCUACCGCAUCUCUCCCGAGCGACAAGCGCGCGUCCAAGCCGCACUCGACAAAUAUCUCGGAACCCACAAAUACCAUAACUACACGGUCCACAAAAAGUUCAACGACAAAUCCGCCCAGCGCUACAUCAAAAGCUUCAAAGUCGCACCCAAACCCAUCAUCAUCAACGAUACUGAAUGGCUAAGCCUCAAAGUCCACGGCCAAAGCUUCAUGAUGCACCAGAUCCGCAAAAUGGUCGGCAUGGCCGCCCUAACAGUCCGCUGUGGUACCGAUCCCGCCAUCAUGGACAAGAGCUUUGGCAACGAAGUCGUGCGUAUUCCCAAAGCACCAGGAUUGGGUUUACUCCUUGAGCGCCCCGUUUUCGACUCUUAUAACGCCAAACUUGCCAAACAGCAUGCUCGCGAUCCCAUUGAUUUCAACAAGUACAAUGAUAAAAUUGAGGAGUUUAAGGAGAGGGAGAUUUAUCAGAGGAUUUUCCGCGAGGAGGCACAGGGAAAUCAGUUCAAUACCUUUUUCACUCAUCUGGAUAACUACAAGGAUCCACAGUUCCUGUACCUGACGUCUGGAGGUAUCGAGGCGACAAAGAGAAAGCGGGAGGAUAAGUCUGUACAGCGCAACUUUGAAGAGGAUUCUGAGGAUGAGAAUGCAAGUGGUGGAGAGGGCUAGGCCUUUUGAACAAGGACAGUGUAGCAGUGGGCACUUUCGAAACUUGGAAUCUAGAAUCGUGAUACCCACGUAGACAGUACAUGCAUUUGUUUAGAUGACUUAUGAGAGAGAAAAUAGGGGUGAUUGCAGCAUAUCCCUAAACACC